AGCUGGAAUUGGCCGGCAGAUGCUAACGGGAACCAACGACUGCUUCUUUAUUCACUGGGCUGUCAAAUAUUACUUAAAUGUGAGUCCAAUAACAGACGGCGAUCCUCAAAAAGGAGAAGUUCGUGGCAUAAUCAAGUUAGACUUUGGAUUUUCUGAUGCCACCGAUUUCAUCCUUUUUGCUCAUUUGCAUGCGUAGAAUUUGUCCAUCUUUAGUUCGUAGUGUUCACCACUUCACAUUUUUUAUUAAGUCUCCAAUUUCUUCUCCUUCAAGGAGAAAAUCCAAGGCUUUGGGUGUUUCUGUUUAUAGCGUGUGGCAUUUGCCGUGGGGUAUUCAUCUUUGCUUCCAAAUCCCAAAGUUUUCCUUCACUUCUCCUUCCUCCUCCCAUGGCCACUCCACAGGGGAAACCAGCACAUGUUAACGAAACUUGGCCAUUAAGAGACGACGACAACGACGAAGACGGCGGUCGAGAUUUCGAAGAGACGAUCUCAUCAUCCGGAUGUGGUUGCAUCCAGGGCCUUUGCUGGUGGCGUCGGAACGGCAAUGGAGAAGGGCACGGGUACCUGCUGCACCAACAGGAAGAGGUGAGAGACGGUUGGUUGAAGAGAAAAGCUAUGAAAGUCAGGGAAAUAUCAGAGGUAUUGGCAGGGCCGAGGUGGAAGAACUUCAUCCGCAGGUUUAGCAUGCACGGGAUUAACAAGAAAAGAAGGCCGUCGAUGCUGUUUCAGUAUGAUCCUCAGAGCUAUGAACUCAAUUUUGACGAAGGGAUACACAGGGAAGUUGAUGCUGGAUUUCCUGAUUUCUCUGCUAGAUUUGCAGCUCCAGCUGGGAUACAGAAAGGGGAGAUGGGACGUGAUAAACCCAGUUUUUGAUUGAAUUUUUACACCAUAUCAAAGUGUAAACAUUGAUCCUGUACAUUGUUCAUUGUUCUCUGUUCAUCUGAAUUUUCAAUAUUCCAGGAACGCUCGAUAUGUUAUUAAUUGAUGAUCAAAUAUUGGUGGAAAUUGCUUUCUUUUUUCUUUUUACUUCCAAUGUGAUUACUAGAUGGAUUUAACAU